CUCUAAAUCAAAUUUCCUUGCACUGGUACAAACUCUUAUCCAAGACCCAGUUGAGAGGGAACAUUUCUUCCAGGAAGUGUUUCCUGUAGACUAUGGACCCAAGUAUGACUCUGCCCUGCAAGGAUUAAUGUGGGAGUUUCUCUCCAGGCUGGAGCAGCUCCUUCCAGUACCAGACCUCAAACAGACAGUGUCUUGGCUCAAUGCUGGACCCUCUAUCUUGGAAGAGUGUGUCAACUCUCUAUCUCAGCCUCUGCAGUUGAAGACUCUACUGCAACAUCAUAGAGAACUAGGAUAUUUGGACACCAAUGAUCCAGUUCUCAGUCUUUCUUCUCUGCACCUCCUGGUUCCACCCUUGCGGCUCCUGUCUGCUGCCAUGUGGCAGGUGGCUCAGCAAAGAGAUGUGAGGCACUAUGAGAAGUUGGAGGAGUUUGUGACUCUGGUGACAGAGGCCAUUCCAGAGCUGCUGAGCCACAGACAUAGAGCUCAGCUCAUUCUAGGUCUGAGAGCACGGUUGGUUCUGGAGCUGUGCCGAGGCCCUGCCGACCCUCAAACCAUCCAACCUUACCUGGACAGCAUGCCCACUGUUACUCCAGGAUGCACAGGAUACAGAGACGCAGAGGUGGAAGCAUCUGAAUCAAAUUUUGUGGUGCUUGUCCAAUCACUGCUGAAGGACCCAAUCGAGAGGGAGUGCUUCUUUCAGGAGGUGUUCCCGGAACAAUAUGGCCGACAUUAUGACACAGCGGUGCAGACGUUAACAUGGGAGUUCCUCUCCAGACUGGAACAACUGUUUCCAGUACCAGAUCUCAAGCAGACCGCGACAUGGCUCAGCUCUGCCCCUUCAGUCCUGGAGGAGUGUAUGCAGUCUACCCCAGAGAAUCUGAACCUCAUUCUCCAGCACCAUAAGAGUUUUGGACAUUUAAAAGAACCUUCUGCUCUCUCCUCCUCCAUGGGCGACAGCAUCCUCUCCUCUCUGUCCACCCCUAAAAUGGUGGUCACCACUGAGCCGACCACUUUUGUCAUCCGGUCAGAGUCGUCACAUAACUCGGCAGACGUGCUGGGCCACAUGUCUUUAGAGGACACUGAUGCGGUAGUAGUAACAGUUUACACUGAAGUGGAGGUUGGAACAGAGGUGGAAGAAGAGAUUGUAGAGACGAUGAACGAGGAAUACGUACCGUCAAACGCCUCUCCACUGCGGGAGGAGGUGGUUGAACUUAAAGCUGAGGAUAUGAAUCUGGAGAUGACAGUCGUUGAAGAAUAUGGCUACGUGGGGGAGGAGAUGAGUGCAGCCGAGGAAGAGAUGGACACAGUGAGUGUUCCGGUGGAGCAAGCAGAUGAAGCUGUUAAUAUCAGUGAAGACAUUGGAACUGGGACAGAGACUGAAGCAGUCAAAAAAGAUGUCCAAGAUGAGGUGGUGGCAGAUCAGGACGGCCAAUCAGAGACUGUGAUUGUAUGUGUGAACCAGGAAGGGAAGGACACGUCCCAAGUGGUCAACUUUCAAACCCAACAACCUGUGACGUCAAAUGUGAGGCGGUCUACACGGCUGCAGUCGAAGACGCCAAGAACUUGGAGGAGGAAAAAGAACACUGAGAACAAGAACAACGGUGAGGCCUCAAGCAUGGUUUAUGUCAACUCACCCAGGGGAAGAGAAGCCGGUGGAUCUGACAAGGUGACCCCCUUUACCUGCCCUAUGUGUGCCUACCACAGUCUGGAGGAAAAGAGCCUUCACCUCCACAUGCAAAGCAUUCACACAGAGGAGUACAACAAGCCCAAUGUGUCUUGGAAAAACAGAGCAGCGGUUUCACCAUGUCCUGACAACACUGGCCAGAUAUUCACAUCAAUCAAACCUCUCCUUUCUUCAAAAACUUUAAUAACCGAAAACUCUGAGAAUCAAACCGGUAAUGCUGGGAUUCCCACGAAAGCAAAAGGCUACCAUAAGUCCCACACAUGUGCCACGUGCGGUAGGCUCUUCACUCGCUCCUCCGAUGUGAGGAGACACCAGCUCACCCACACGGGUGAGAGACCUUUCCACUGCUCUCAAUGCGACAGGACCUUCCAGCAUUCGUGGGACCUGACCAAGCAUGAGAAGAAACAUGGUGGGACAUCCAUCUCUUUCCCCUGCCAGCAGUGCGGGAGCUCCUUUGCCAACCUCCGCUCUCUGACAGCCCACCACAGAAGUUCCCACCUGGGCGAGAGCGACCUACCCCACCUCUGCUCCAUCUGUGGCAAGAGCUUCCCCUCCUCCUCUGAGUUGCUGGAGCACAGAAAGAGCCACGGGACCAGCCUUCAGUACAUCUGCCAGCAGUGUGGCGAAAGCUUCCACUCCCUGCUGGCUCGCUCCCAACACCGGCAGACCCACCUGGUCAAGCGGCAGUUCAAGUGCCCGCACUGCGACAAGAGCUAUACGCGCAAAGCUGAUGUGAAGAGGCACAUGUUCUCCCACAGCGGCGAACGACCGCACCAGUGCAACCAGUGUGGGAGAUGCUUUUCCUUCCUCUUCCUGCUCAAGAAACACCAAAUAGUUCACACGGGCGAGAGGCCUUUCCAGUGCUCCUACUGUCCCAAGAGGUUCACAUUGAUAUCCAUCCUGAGCAGACAUGAGAGAAUGCACACCGGGAGAGACCCUUCCUCUGCUCUCAGUGUGGGAAGAGCUUUCUGUCCCAGGGGAGCUGUCCAAGCACCACCGCUCCCACACUGA